CUCGCCCAACCUGAGGCAGUGUGAAGCAGAGCAGAGCAGGAGCGAGACGACGAGGUGGAUGGGAUGUCGAGCAACAACAACACCAAUGCCGACAUCUGGAUCGCUGGUGCCUUUGCCGCCUUCAGUGUUGAUCUAGUCGUAUACCCCCUCGAUACAAUAAAGACUCGUCUCCAAAGUCCCGACUACGCGCGCCUGUAUCAAAACAAUGGCAAGCUGUACAGAGGCGUCUAUCAAGGCGUGGGAAGCGUCAUAAUCGCCACUCUGCCUUCGUCCGGAGCCUUCUUCACUACCUACGAAGGCAUCAAGUCGAUCCUGACGACCGCCAACCAACGAGGCAAUGGCAACGGCGAGGGGUCUGGAACCUACGUCCCUGCUGCUCUUGUGCACGCGGCCGCAUCUGGCACCGCGGAGCUGGUCUCUUGCGCCAUCCUGACACCCGCCGAAGUCAUCAAGCAAAAUGCCCAAAUGGUCGACAACUCACGUACAGAUCGCCCGCGUGUCAAUGCGACUCUGCAGACUAUUAAACGCUUCCGAUCCAAUCCCCUCGCGUUAUGGCGUGGCUACACUGCGCUGGCCGGACGCAACCUCCCCUUCACUGCGAUGCAAUUUCCCAUGUUCGAGAAGAUCAAGGAGCAAAUUCGUCGCUAUCGAGAUGAGCGUGGCAUCAGAACGCAUACGUUGUUCGAGAGCGGCAUGAUUACUGCUGUCAGCGCAGGCGCGGGCGGAAGCAUCGCCGCAGUAAUCACAACUCCAGUAGACGUCGUGAAAACCCGUCUCAUGCUCUCAGCAAUCGACAAUCCUCAGGAAAAAUCCGCUCCAACUCCAACAGAAAGCGUCAAACAAGCAAAAAACGCUCUCGUAGACGCCACUGGCAAAACUGUCGAAGCCGUCAAGAAAAGUCCUCUGGAAGCCGUGAAGAACAUAGCAAAACCAGGAAACAAAUCGAGUAUCACAAUCGCUCGAGAAGUCAUUCAGCAAGAAGGCAUCAAAGGCUUAUUUCGAGGUGGUGCCUUACGUGGUGUUUGGACGAUGGUUGGCAGUGGGUUAUACCUUGGUGUGUAUGAAAGUGGGAGAAUAUAUCUAGCUCAACGAAGAGGGGAUAUGAUAGAUGCGGAGGAAUAUGCGCGUACAUAACCAGAUGUGCUUCCAUAUAUAGAAUUGGAAUCAUGCGACGCAAGUGCUUCAAAGUCCAAUGCUCAAAUUGUUUGUAAUUUUGGCAAGCAAGUAAAUUCAUGGAC